UGUCAAAGUUGUAAAAUGUUUGAGCCCUAUGUGAAAAUCAAGAAAAAGCGAAGUGUGCAUGAAAUCUAUGAAAAUGAGAAUUUAGAGCAACAGCAGCAUCAGCAGCAGCAGCAGCAGCAGCAACCUGCUACCAGCGAUAAUUGUUGCUGCGAGAACGGAGAGCCUCAGAAUGCGCCUGAAGUCGCAACUGCAACGGUAGCGGCAACAUCUGUGGCAGCAACAUCUGCAACAGCAGCAGCAGCAGCAUUAGCAUCAGCAACAACAGUCGCGACAGGAGCAGCGGCCACUAGCAGCAGCAGCGGCAACUGCAGUCGCCUGCAGCAAUUGAUAUCGACGCCACCAGUAUUAUUGCGCAGAUCGUCGCUGCAACAGCAGCAGCACCAGCAACAACACCACCCACACACGGCAGCAGCAGCAGCAACGGCAACACCACCGCAACAGCAACAGCAGCAAGCUGCGCCUUCGGUUUUGCAACAGCAUUUGGGUCACCUGAAUUACGAAAGUGGAGCAACUGCAGCAGCAGCAGCAACAGCAGCGGCUGCAGCAGCAGCAGCAACCAGUAGAAGUGGCUCGGCAACACUGGCGCAGCAUUUGGCAACACCCAGCAACAUACUGCAGGCGGCAUUCGGCAGCAGCAACUUGCAACACAUACUAACGCGGUCCGCCCCCUCGCCCUCGUCCAGUGCGAUUUCCUCCAACAACUGCAGCAGCGCCUGUGCGGGCAAUACGCACUACAACGGCGGCAACAGCAACAGUGGCAGCAGCAACAGCAACAGUAAUCACCACAGCAACAGCAUCAUAGCCAGCCGCCUGUUCGGAGCCGCCUCCUCCUCGUCCUCCUCCUCCGCAUCAGCAGCCUCCACGUCGGUGGCCGCCUCAUCCUCCUCAUCAUCACACCAUCUGCAUAGCCAUCAUUCGGCGCUGACCAACUCCAUAACGAAUCGCAUCAAUCAGUCCAUUAGGCGGCAUCUGAACCAGCAACAGCAUCACCAUCCCCUCAGUGCAUCCUCGUCCUCCGCAUCCGCAUCUGCAUCUGCGUCUGCAUCCACAUCAUCCUCCUCUGCAUCAGCCUCCUAUCAGCAAUCGUCGGUACAACAGCAACAUUAUAAUUGCGCCCAUCCUGCACAGCAGCAACAGCAGCACCACCACCAUCACCACAGCAACAGCAGCAGCCAUCAUCAACACCACAGCAACAGUAGCAGCAGCAACAGCAGCAGCAACAGCAGCAGCAACAAUCAACAGCAACCACAACAAUCUCCUCUGUGCCUAGUAUUAUUAGUUAAAUGCCCCAAUUCUAAGGAAUUUUGUAACGCCGCCGCAAAUUUCUGUGAUAAAAGAUUGCCGGUGAACGAAUGUCAGGCAAGCCAAACAGCUAGAGUCACCUCGAACCUGCACGCAUCCAGUAGCACGAUGGCGGUCAGCCGUGUACCCUCGCCGCCCUUGCCGGAAGUUAAUACGCCAGUUGCCGAGAACUGGUGUUACACGCAGGUCAAAGUGGUUAAAUUUAGUUAUAUGUGGACCAUAAAUAACUUUAGUUUUUGUCGGGAAGAAAUGGGUGAAGUACUCAAAUCGUCCACAUUCUCAGCCGGUGCUAAUGACAAACUAAAAUGGUGUUUACGGGUUAACCCCAAGGGUCUCGAUGAGGAGAGCAAGGAUUACCUUUCUUUAUACCUACUGUUAGUUUCGUGUAACAAAUCAGAAGUCAGAGCCAAGUUCAAAUUUUCCAUACUGAAUGCCAAGCGUGAGGAAACCAAAGCAAUGGAAUCGCAAAGAGCUUAUCGUUUUGUGCAGGGCAAAGAUUGGGGCUUCAAGAAGUUCAUACGCCGCGACUUCCUGCUGGACGAGGCCAACGGCCUGCUGCCGGAGGACAAGCUGACCAUCUUCUGCGAGGUCAGCGUCGUGGCGGACAGCGUGAACAUCUCCGGACAAUCCAAUAUCGUGCAGUUCAAAGUGCCCGAGUGCAAGCUGUCCGAGGAUCUUGGCAACCUCUUCGACAACGAGAAGUUCAGCGACGUCACGCUCUCCGUGGGCGGUCGAGAGUUCCAGGCGCACAAGGCCAUAUUGGCAGCGCGCAGCGAUGUCUUUGCGGCCAUGUUCGAGCAUGAGAUGGAGGAGCGAAAGCUGAAUCGUGUCGCCAUAACCGAUGUGGAUCAUGAGGUUCUUAAAGAAAUGCUGCGAUUCAUAUACACGGGCAAGGCGCCCAAUCUAGAAAAAAUGGCUGAUGAUCUCCUAGCGGCUGCUGAUAAGUAUGCACUCGAAAAGCUGAAAGUGAUGUGCGAGGAGGCGCUGUGCGUCAAUCUCUCUGUAGAAACAGCAGCCGAAACACUAAUAUUAGCUGAUCUCCACAGUGCGGAUCAAUUGAAAGCACAAACGAUAGAUUUCAUAAAUACUCAUGCCACCGAUGUGAUGGAAACCUCUGGCUGGCAAAAUAUGAUCACAACACAUUCACAUUUGAUAGCGGAGGCAUUUCGUGCGCUCGCAACACAACAAAUCCCACCAAUUGGACCACCAAGGAAACGCGUAAAAAUGAGCUGAAACCACAAUGCAACAACCACACCACUAUCAACAAUAACAACUACAGCAACAACUACAAUAACAACAGCAGAAGCAAAUCGUACACCAACCACAAUCAACAAACAGCAAAAACAACCAGAACAACAAGAACCCACUACUACCAACAGUCGAUCCAACAACAUUUGCAAUAGAAAGCAGAACUCCAGUCGCUGCAGCAGGCAUGUUGAUGGAUACUUGGAUCGAUUGGCGGAAAACCUCAAGAAAGCAUACGGCAAUACUACAAACACAAUAGAUUAUAUUAACAGCAGACAGAUAAUGCAAAUGCAGGAGCAAAAGCAAAAGCAGAGCGAGCCGUACCGUUUAUUGUUUCGAUUUCAAGUAAUUUAAUUCACUUUGAUAAACUUGAUUUUAAAUGUAUUUUAUUUGUUGAUUUAAUAUUACCUAUGAUUAAUAUGUUUACGAGUAAUAAUUAUGAAUUAAUUUUAAUCUUAAGUCAAAACACAACUUGAAAAAAAAGCAGCAAUUAAAGCAAGAAACAACAAAACAAACAAAAAGAAAAAAAACAAUUAAUAAUACAAACAAAAAAAGAGCAUAAAAAACAAAACGGAAAGUAAAAUAAAUUAAAUUUAAAGUAAAGUAAAAACUAAAAGUAAAAAAUCGAAGGCGUAAAUACAGCAAGAAAUAAAGAAAUUCACUGAGAAAGCGUAA